GGUCAUACUUUGUUUUCAUUCAUUCAUUCUGAUACAAUCGCAAUUAUCAUUAGCAAUGCAAACGAAAAAUAUUCAUCAACCUGAAAAAUAUUUAGUUUCAAUAAUUCAAAAUGUUAAUUCUUUAAGACUGAAAAUUAAAUUAGCUGAUUGGUAUCAUCGGCUAACACAUGGACCAAAAUAUGGACCUUCAUUAUCACUAAUUGGUGCAAUGACAAGUGGAAUUGUAUUUCAGCUUAUAAUCAUUUAUAUUGGUUUCUUCAUUUUCAUCUUAUCACAUUUUUGAAACAGGAAAUUACAUUUAGACAAAAAUUAUUUAC